UUGGGCCUCGCUGAUGGCGUGUUCUGCUUUUCCUUUCAGUUUCCCCGUUCCCAGGGAGAGGAUGGUCUCUGCCCAGCCCCGGGUUCCUCGGCUGACAGGUGCACCCCAUUGAAUGAAGCAAGGCCUUGUGCUUUCCUGUCAUUCUGCAGCAUGGACCCCGCGUUGCUCACACCAUGCCUGCGGACGGCCAGUGAAUUCAUGUUUUGCGGUUUCGCCACAAACAUCGUAGUUCCCCUUUUCUUGAGUUAAUAUUUUGGAGUUGAUGUCACGAUGAGUUCAGGCUUAUGGAGCCAAGAAAAAGUUACUUCACCCUACUGGUAAGAGCGGAUUUUCUACCUGCUCGUCCAGGAAUACAGCGUGCCCGACAAGCAGACCCAGAAGGUCCUCAAAGUCCCCAAGGGGGCGAUCGGGCAGUACGUCCAAGACCGCGCUGUGGGCCACUCCAGGGCCCCCUCGGCCAAAGGCAAGAAGAAUCAGAUCGGCUUGAAAAUCCUGGAGCAGCCGCACGCAGUGCUCUUCGUGGACGAAAAGGAUGUGGUGGAGAUCAAUGAGAAGUACACGGAGCUGCUCCUGGCCAUCACCAAUUGCGAGGAGAGGCUCGUCCUGCUGGACAGCAAAACCCGGCUGAGCAAGGGCCUCCACGUCGACGUGGGCAGCCACGUGAGGGUGCAGCUGAGGCCCGGGGAGGAAAAGUUCCCCGGAGUCGUGCGCUUCCGGGGCCCCCUGCUAGCGGAGAGGACCGUGUCCGGAAUAUUCUUCGGGGUAGAGUUACUGGAAGAAGGUCGUGGCCAAGGCUUCACGGACGGGGUCUACCAAGGGAAGCAGCUCUUCCAGUGUGAUGAAGACUGUGGCGUGUUUGUUGCACUGGACAAGCUAGAACUCAUAGACGAGGAUGACAACGGAUUGGAAAGUGACUACGCAGGUCCAGGGGACGCAGCGCAGAUGGAACUCCCUCCUCUGGAAAUAAACUCGAGGGUUUCUCUGAAAAUCGGAGAAGGCUUGGAGUCUGGCACGGUUAUCUUCUGUGGCACUUUGCCGGGCAAAGAAAACUUAGGGUAUUUUGUUGGUGUGGACAUGGACAACCCCAUCGGCAACUGGGACGGCCGGUUUGACGGCGUGCCGCUCUGCAGCUUUGCGAGCGUGGAGAGCACGCUCCUCCUGCACAUCAACGACAUCAUCCCAGAUAGCGUGACCUCGGAGAGGAGGCCUCCCAAGCUGGCCUUUGCAUCAAGAGGCGCUGGGGACAAAGGUUCCUCCAGUCACAACAAACCAAAGGUGACAGGCUCUACCUCAGACCCUGGAAGUAGAAACCGAUCGGAAUUAUUUUAUACCUUAAAUGGGUCUUCUGUGGACUCACAGCUGCCACCCAAGUCAAAAAACACGUGGUACAUCGAUGAAGUUGCCGAGGACUCUGCCAAGUCGCUCACCGAGCUGCCUCCAGAGCUGGGACAGGCGUCGCCCCCUCUGCAGCCCCCGACCAUGAACUCGCUGUCCAGCGAGAACCGAUUCCACUCCUUACCCUUCAGCCUGACCAAGAUGCCCAAUGCCAACGGCACCAUCGGCCACAGCCCGCUCUCCCUGUCCGUCCAGUCGGUGAUGGGCGAGCUGAACACCACGCCCGUCCCGGACAGCCCGCCCGUGGCCGCGUCGCCCGGGAGCUCCCACGGGCUGGAGGUGGGCUCGCUGGCGGAAGUCAAGGAGAACCCGCCUUUCUACGGGGUGAUCCGCUGGAUCGGGCAGCCGCCGGGCCUCAGCGAAGUCCUCGCCGGGCUGGAGCUGGAGGACGAGUGCACAGGCUGCACAGACGGCACCUUCCGGGGCACCCGCUACUUCACCUGCGCCCUGAAGAAGGCCCUGUUCGUCAAGCUGAAGAGCUGCCGGCCCGACUCGAGGUUCGCGUCCCUGCAGCCGGUGUCCAACCAGAUCGAGCGCUGCAACUCUCUAGCCUUUGGAGGCUACUUGAGUGAAGUCGUGGAAGAAAAUACUCCACCGAGAAUGGAAAAGGAAGGUCUGGAGAUCAUGAUUGGGAAGAAGAAAGGCAUCCAGGGCCACUACAAUUCUUGUUACUUGGACUCGACCUUAUUCUGCUUGUUUGCCUUCAGUUCCGUUCUGGACACCGUGUUGCUUAGGCCCAAAGACAAGGACGACGUGGAGUACUACAGUGAGACGCAGGAGCUGCUGCGCACGGAGAUCGUCAACCCGCUGCGGAUAUAUGGAUAUGUGUGUGCCACAAAGAUUAUGAAACUGAGGAAAAUACUUGAAAAAGUUGGCGCUGCGUCCGGAUUUACCUCUGAAGAGAAAGAUCCUGAAGAAUUCUUGAAUAUCUUGUUUCAUCAUAUUUUAAGGGUGGAACCAUUGUUAAAAAUAAGGUCAGCGGGUCAAAAAGUACAAGAUUGUUACUUCUAUCAAAUUUUUAUGGAGAAAAAUGAGAAAGUUGGAGUUCCUACAAUCCAGCAGCUGCUGGAAUGGUCUUUUAUCAACAGCGACCUGAAGUUUGCAGAGGCCCCGUCAUGCCUGAUCAUCCAGACGCCUCGGUUUGGGAAGGACUUUAAGCUGUUUAAGAAGAUCUUCCCGUCCCUGGAGCUGAACAUCACAGACCUGCUGGAAGACAGUGAGUAGGAGCGCUGUUUGCUGCUGGUUCCUCAGAGGGUCCGCAGGGCUCCCCUCCGCUGCGAGGGCCUUCCGCAGGCAUCCGUGUCUGCGCCGCCAGGAGCGCGCGGCGAGAGUGCAUUCUGCUACGAGGACCCCGACAUCGCGGCCGGGACCAUCAAGCAGUUCUGCAAGGACUGCAACACCCAGGUCCACCUCCACCCCAAGAGGCUGAGCCACAAGUACAACCCGGUGUCCCUGCCCAAAGACCUGCCCGACCGGGAGUGGAGGCACAGCUGCGUCCCCUGCCAGAAGAUGGAGCUGUUCGCCGUGCUCUGCAUCGAGACCAGCCACUACGUGGCCUUCGUCAAGUACGGCCGGGACGACUCCGCCUGGCUCUUCUUCGACAGCAUGGCCGACCGGGACGGUAAUCGCUCACUCAGCUCCCGUGGGGCCGCGUCCGUGGGGACAGUGUGGGGAGGCCCCAGGGACAGCGGCUUCGUCCUCUCGGGGCCCAGCUCCUCAUUUCUGCAUGAGCCUGGUCGCCGGGUGUUGAGGGCCAGGCUCUGCGGGAAGGAUAUGGGGGUCCGGGAGUACCUGAAGAUGUCGCCGGAGGACCUGCACUCCCUGGACACGCGGCGCAUCCAGGGCUGUGCACGCAGGCUGCUGUGCGACGCCUACAUGUGCAUGUACCAGAGCCCCACCAUGAGCCUGUACAAGUAGCGGCCGGUGCAGAGCCGCCCCGACGGUCUGCGUGUGCCCGGGGCUCCGCUGCGUCCCUGGCGGCAGGGGGGUCGCCGUGGGAGGACCCGUCAGAGAAGAGCUGCUGUGUUACUGGAGUCUCUAAUGAGGAGCGUGUGCACUCUGGCGUUUAAGAUCUAAAUGAAGUUAUUAAAGCGGAAGCUUUAAGUCCAGGGCGGUGAUCACGUGAUCUCUUUGGAAGCACAUGGUCCUACUUGUGCCCGUUUCAGACCUCUCCUCGGCCCCCGAGAAUGUAAAUAAACGUGUCUUCUCUGCGGACCAAGGAUAUGAAAUCGCUGUCCUUUGUAGCUAACGGUUGCCGUGAGGAAGAAAUGUUUGGUGUUGUUAAGAGACGGCUUUCCAUCGGCUAUUAAAGUUGUGUUGAGUUGA